AUGGGCUUAGUUAAAGCAUUCUUGAACAAAAUUCAAUCGACGUGGAAUCAGAAGCAAAAGUCGGAGAUAACACAAUGGCAACCUGUAGGCCGCUAUGGCGUCAGCCAGGAUACGGUAAACUCCAAUAUGAUCCAGAUGAGCCAAGAUAAUGUCCUGCAAAUUGUGCGUACCUCUGAUAAACACUGGGAGGGCGAAGACGGUGACGGGAUAUACAUAGAAGAUGGACACAAUGUCGUUAUGAAGAGGAAAACAAUGGUGAAAAGGAAUACGCUGCAAAUAACAAACACAACAGGGCAAUCUACCAGUUGCCUAAAGGUUAAAACACCAAUACCAGAAUCAUUACGGAGAGGAGAUUUGUUUAGUGUCAGCAGUCGAUUUGACCAAAGUAAUAGGUCAACCCCGAUUAGAACAAGAUCUGGACAGCCACGGAUCAUGCCCAGCGUGGAUAGCACACCCGAAGAUAAGUUUAAACGCAGAAAAAAUUCAAAUUGCGCGACGAGCAGCAAUGAAUUUUUCAAUCCAAGUGAGAAUAGAGCAGCAUGGCGUCCAAUUCGCGAGGUUGCUGAUGUUACAUUCGAUGAGACUGUAAAUGUGGUUUACACACACGGAGAGAGUGAAUAUGAUCGUACACCUAUUGACGUUGAUCAUUCUGUGCCAAUGAUGACAGUGUAUCGCGAACUCAUGAUUUUCAAACUUUGUGAGAUGCCCAUAAAUGAAUUCUCAUUACACAAUACGAAUCAGCACCUUUCUAAGCUGCCACCCGCUGUGAAAGAGACAAUGACUGGCGUGUUACACUCUAUUCUAAACGACUACGGCGAGAGAGAAUAG